GCUGACCACAGCCUUUGGUGCAUGGAGGAAGUGAUGCCCCUUUAAUGAAGAGAGAAGGGAAUGUUGGCUCCUGAGAGUUCCCUGGUAGGAGUGGAGGGAACGGCAGUUGAAUGGGGCAGUUGGAGAGAAAGGGGCCAGGAAGAGGUAGAAGUAGGAGGUGAGAAGCUUGGAAGGUGACCAUAGAGAAUCAAGGUGAAAAAGAGGCAAAGGAAGCUGAGGCAGACAGAGCCUGGAACUCUCAUUAUAGACCAUCUCCUCUUCCUUUUAUUACGGCCUCACAAUUGUGAUAUUUAGAUUUUCUACCCAGGUGAGGCUUCACUGAAGUUAAGAACCCAGAGUACCCAGCAACACUCACCAUGGUGGGUGAAGGCCCCUACCUAAUAUCUGACUUCGAAAGAAGGAGGCGUAGAUCCUUUGCAGAGAAAUAUGAUUCCAGUUUAAGAACGAUGAUCCCUUUACGGCCCCAUGCAAGGCUGGCUACCAAUCCAGUUGAUGAUGCAGGGCUAUUUUCAUUUGCCACAUUUUCCUGGCUUACACCUAUAAUGGUCAAAGGCUACAAACACUUUCUGAGUAUGGAUGCCUUGCCUCCGCUAUCACCCUACGAUACAUCAGAUGCCAAUGCAAAGAGGUUUCGAUUCCUUUGGGAUGAAGAAGUAGCAAGGGUGGGUGCAGAAAAAGCUUCGGUGGGACGAGUGGUUUGGAGAUUUCAGAGAACUCGUGUUCUGAUGGAUACCAUAGCCAACGUCCUUUGUAUAAUCAUGGCAGCCAUAGGGCCGACGGUUCUCAUUCACCAAAUCCUCCAGUACACAGAAAACACCUCCAAGAACAUCUUCGUUGGCAUUGCCUUGUGUGUGGCCCUUUUUAUCACUGAGCUUACUAAAGUAAUAUUCUGGGCACUAGCCUGGGCUAUAAAUUAUCGCACGGCAAUCAGGCUGAAAGUUGCCACCUCUACUGUAGCCUUUGAAAACUUGGUUUCAUUCAAGACUCUGACACACAUCUCUGUUGGUGAGGUCAUCAAUAUAUUAUCAAGUGACGGCCAUUCCUUAUUUGAAGCUGCCUUAUUUUGUCCAUUGCCAGCUACAAUUCCUGUGCUAAUGGCAGUGUGCUCAGUAUAUGCUUAUUUCAUUCUGGGACCCACAGCUCUCAUUGGGACAUCUGUAUAUGUGAUAUUCAUCCCUAUUCAGAUGUUUAUGGCUAAGCUCAAUUCAGCCUUUCGAAGAUCUGCCAUUACUGUGACAGACAAUCGUGUCCAGAUAAUGAAUGAAUUUUUGACCUGCAUCAAGCUUAUAAAAAUGUAUGCCUGGGAAAAAUCCUUCACAACCAACAUCCGAGGCAUAAGGAAGAAGGAAAAGAAAUUGCUGGAAAGGGCAGGGUUUAUACAAAGUGGAAACUCAGCCCUUGCACCUGUUGUGUCCACGAUGGCCAUUGUCCUGACUUUCACUUUCCAUGUUCUUUUACAAAGAAAGCUCACAGCACCUGUUGCAUUUAGUGUGAUUUCCAUGUUUAAUGUAAUGAAGUUUUCAAUUGCAAUCUUGCCUUUCUCAGUCAAAGCGGUGGCAGAAGCUAACGUUUCUCUAAUGAGAUUGAAGAAAAUUCUUGUGAACAAAAGCCCCCCAACUUAUAUCACCCAACCAGAAGAUGAAGAUUAUGUAUUGAUGCUAAAAAAUGCUACAUUGUCUUGGGAACAUGAACCUAAAAGGAUAAUUAUCCCAGGGAAAGAAUUUAAUAAGAAGAAAUUGAAAUUUAGAAAAAGAUUGGACUCAGAGAGUUCUGUUGACUUGAGCCAGAAAUUCCAUGGGAUUACAGGGCCAAGUGAAGGAGAAAAGAAGACAAAACCAGUCCUGCAAAAAAUAAAUUUAGCUGUGAAAAAGGGAGAGGUCUUGGGAAUUUGUGGCAAUGUUGGAAGUGGAAAGAGUUCCCUCAUAUCAGCCAUCCUGGGACAGAUGCAGCUAUGGGGUGGAUCUGUGGCACUCAAUGGAACAGUGGCUUAUGUGUCACAGCAAGCAUGGAUCUUUCAUGGAAACGUGAGAGAAAACAUAUUAUUUGGAGAAAAGUUUGAAAGUCAAAGAUACCAACAUGCUGUCAAGGUCUGUGGCUUAUGGCAGGACUUGAAAAAUCUUCCUUAUGGAGAUUUGACUGAGAUUGGGGAGCGGGGCCUCAACCUCUCUGGAGGCCAAAAGCAGAGGAUCAGUUUAGCACGAGCUGUAUAUGCAAACCGUGAGAUCUACCUGUUGGAUGACCCACUCUCGGCGGUGGAUGCCCAUGUUGGGAAAUACAUAUUUGAAGAGUGCAUUAAAAAGGCACUAAAGGGGAAGACCAUAGUUCUGGUGACUCACCAGCUACAGUUUUUAGAAUUUUGUAAUGAAGUCAUUUUAUUAGAAGAUGGGGAGAUUUGUGAAAAAGGAACUCACAAGGAACUCAUGCUGAAACGAGGGCAAUACGCAAAAAUGAUUCACAACCUUCGGGGGUUGCAAUUCAAGGAUCCUGAAGACAUUUACAAUGAAGCAAUGGUGGACACCCAAAAGGAGAGCCAGGGGGAUCCCGAUUCCAAGGGAGAGAAAAAUGCUGCUUUGGCUCCACAAGAUGAGAAAGAUGAAGGAAAAGAAUCCGAGUCAGAUCUCGACUCUAUAGAAAUAAAAGUUCCUACACACCAACUCAUUCAGAAUGAAACAUGCCAGGAAGGAUCAGUGACCUGGACAACCUAUCACAAGUACAUUAAGGCUUGUGGAGGGUAUCUCCGGUCCAUCUCUGUGGUGUUUCUCUUCUUUUUGAUGAUUGGAAGUUCAGCCUUCAGCAACUGGUGGUUAGGUUACUGGCUAGAUCAAGGAUCUGGGGUGGGCUGCAGGACUUCACAUGAUGAGACCCCUUGUCAGCCUGGUGAUAUAUUGCUGAAUCCCGACCAAUACAUUUACCAGUGCGUGUAUGUGGCAAACAUGUUGGCUGUGAUCAUUUUCAGCAUUAUAAAAGGAUUCAUUUUCACCAAGACAACUCUAAUGGCAUCUUCCAAAUUACACGAUCAAGUGUUUGCAAAGAUCUUAAAAAGCCCAAUGAGUUUCUUUGACACAACCCCCACUGGCAGGCUAAUGAACCGUUUUUCCAAGGACAUGGAUGAGCUGGAUGUGAGGCUGCCGUUUCAUGCUGAGAACUUUUUGCAGCAAUUUUCGAUGGUGUUAUCUAUUAUAGUUAUAUUAGCGGCAGUGUUUCCUGCUAUACUCCUUGUGCUAGUUGGACUCGCUUGUAUUUUCUACAUUCUCUUACGAAUUUUCCACAGAGGAAUCCAAGAGCUGAAGAGGGUGGAAAACAUCAGUCGGUCUCCUUGGUUCUCUCACAUCACCUCCUCCAUGCAAGGCCUGGGCAUCAUUCAUGCCUAUAAUAAAAAGGAAGAAUUUAUCAGCAAGUUUAAGUUAUUAAAUGAUGAAAAUUCUAGCCACCUCCUGUACUUUAAUUGUGCUCUCCGGUGGUUUGCACUAAGAACAGAUAUCCUCAUGAACUUAGUCACUUUCAUUGUGGCCAUACUGGUGGCUCUGAGUUACUCUUCAAUCAGUGCUUCAUCCAAAGGUUUAUCCUUGUCCUACAUCAUCCAGUUAAGUGGACUCCUACAAGUCUGUGUAAGAACGGGUACAGAGACACAAGCCAAAUUUACCUCCGUGGAACUACUAAGGGAAUAUAUCUUGACCUGCAUUCCUGAGUCUACCAACCCCUUCAGAUCAAUGAGGUGUCCUAAAGGAUGGCCAAAAAAUGGAGAAAUCAUAUUCCAAAAUUAUCAAAUGAAAUACAGAGAAAAUACCCCUCUUGUCCUCAAUGGUUUAAAUCUGAGUAUCCAAAGUGGACAGACCAUUGGUAUUGUUGGAAGGACUGGUUCAGGAAAAUCUUCGUUAGGAAUGGCCUUGUUUCGCCUAGUGGAGCCAGCUGCUGGCAAAAUAUUCAUUGAUCACAUUGACAUUUGCACCAUUGGUUUAAGAGAUCUCAGAACCAAACUUUCUGUGAUUCCCCAGGAUCCUGUCCUGUUUGUAGGUACAGUAAGGUUUAACUUGGAUCCUUUUGAGAACCACACGGAUGAGGAACUCUGGCAGGUCCUGGAGAGAACUUUCAUGAAAGAUUCAAUAAUGAAACUUCCAGAGAAAUUACAGGCAGAAGUCACAGCAAAUGGAGAAAACUUCUCUGUAGGAGAACGGCAACUUCUUUGUAUGGCAAGAGCACUACUUCGUAAUUCAAAAAUUGUUCUCCUUGAUGAAGCAACUGCUUCAAUGGAUUCUAAAACAGAUGCCCUGGUUCAGAGCACCAUCAAAGAAGCCUUCAAGGGCUGCACUGUUUUAACCAUUGCUCACCGUUUAAACACAGUCCUAAAUUGUGACCGUGUCCUAGUCAUGGACAAUGGGAAGGUGAUUGAGUUUGACUUGCCAGAAGUUCUUGCUGAGAAGCCCAAUUCUGCAUUUGCAACAUUAUUAGCUGCAGAAAAAGAAGUCUGACAGUAAAGAACAUACUUUAGGUUCCCAUCAUGUGAUGUUAGAGAAGGAUGAUAAUGUGUGAAAUGAGGAGGUAAUGAAGUCAACUCAAGAGCCCAGUGUCCUGGAACGCCUAUCAUUGUGACUUUAGUGGAAGCAGGGGUUGACAUGCAGAAAGCACCCAGCCCUACAGAGAACCGACUGAGCUAGGGUGGAAACUGCCUGGCCCUCCAAGUCCAGCCAAUGCUCCUCACCUUCAUGUUGGGUUUGAAAUUGGUAAUGGACCAUGGACAGAAGCAGUUAGAGCUAGUGGAUUCAUACACUGCCUCUCAUCUACUAAAAUUCCUACUCUAUGUCCCUACUAAUUCAAUUUUAUUUCCUGAAAAUGGAAAUAUUGGAAUUUUUUGAGGGUGGGGAGAACAUGUUAAUGUGAAACAAAAUGGGGAGGUGCCUGGAUAUAGAGGUUUUACAGGUUUCCUUACAAUACUGUCAGAAGAAAAAGAAUGUGUGUGUUCCAUUUAAGUUCCAAUUCACUUCUGUCUUGACUAUGUAGCAUGCAAAAACUACAUGGAUCUGUAGCAUGAAAGACUGAUCGCAGUGUUUGUUAAAAAUAAAAUCAUACUGUAUACUCCAUUUGAUCUAUUAGUCAGAAUAACCAGGAAAACAAAAUGUUGGAGUUUAUAUAUAAUUGAUAUUUUUAUAUCUUCUUUAUUUGGUCAUUAAAAUGCAGUAGAAAAUUAAACUA